UCCUGUGCCAGUCAAAAGCUCGAGGCUGCGCGUUGAAGCGAAUACACUGAAUUCAGCUGGAGACCAAGAAGCUGUUAGCUGGUUCUAUUAAAACAUACGUUGAACAGCAGAUAUUUCACACCGCUGUUUAAUUCUGUGGGGUAAUGGGCAGGACACCCUUUUGAGGGAGUGUCAAGAGGCGCGAAUUAUUACUUUAUCUUACGGAGAUAAUGAUGAAGAACUUAAACCUGACGGACGACGCAGACCUCAAGCCGCAUCUCCGCGACGCUGAGAGCAUCCUUAGUUCGCCGGACUUGGGGCUGCUCAAACUGGCCUCUCCGGAGCUGGAAAGGCUAAUUAUCCAGUCCAACGGAAUGGUGACCACCACGCCUACCAGCUCUCAGUUCCUCUAUCCGAAGACGGUGACUGACGAGCAGGAGUUCGCUGAGGGCUUCGUGAAGGCGUUGGAGGACUUACAUAAGCAGAACCAGCUUAACGGAACCAAUCAGCCGAACAGCAGCUUGGACCUUGGUGCUAACAUCGCUCCGGUCACGGUGCAGCUGGAUCUACCGGUGUAUACAAACCUAAACAGUUACGGCAGCGGGCCGCUGGGAACCACAGUCAACUACACCACGGACACAGUCCCUUUCCCGCCUCCUCCGUCACAUCAUCUGGGGGCAGCCCCGCCGCAGCCAGAGCUUUCUCGGGUUCAGCUGUUGAAGGAAGAGCCUCAGACGGUUCCCGACGUUCAGAGCUUUGGGGAAAGCCCGCCCCUGUCUCCCAUCGACAUGGACUCACAGGAGCACAUCAAAGCCGAGAGGAAGAGGCUCAGAAACCGGAUUGCCGCCUCCAAAUGUCGGAGGCGCAAACUGGAGCGGAUCUCCAGGUUGGAGGACAAGGUCAAAACGCUGAAAAGUCAAAAUACUGAUCUCGCCUCGACGGCUAGCCUGCUGAGAGAGCAAGUUGCCCAGCUGAAGCAGAAAGUCCUCACCCACGUCAACAGCGGCUGUCAGAUGCUGCCACACGAAGUCCAAGUGCACUAGUCGGAGGUUCAGACCUCCAGUCGGGCUACUGACCAGCAUAUAAGCUUAAAGGACUUGUUGAUGUUGGUUUUUCUAUAUGUAGCGUAGCCCCACUGUGUGCCAUUUUACGUAGGGAUGAAUGCCAGGCCACGUAGGCCAAACUGCAUUACUAUUCGGCUGUUUUAAAAUGCCCCCUAAGAUUAUUAAAAUGUAAACGUGUUAGAACAUCAUUUCAAACAUCGGAUGAGAUCCUUGCACUGCUGUCGACCUACGUUAAAUUUAGGGGGGGAAAGUCAUUAUGUUCCCAAAACAGUUUAAUCGCGUCUACAAAAAAAACAUUAAGGAUUUUCAGAUAAAUAAUCACCAGUUUGUUCGUGUGAUUCGAGCUGAAAUUAUUCUUACAUCUGAGAAAAUCCUGUUCUACCUCCUAUAUGUGUUUACUUUUGGAAAAUGAGACGCAUUCCUCUGUUUAGCUCUGAUAAUUCAAGUUAAAGUAUUAAUUUAUCUUUUUAAAUUGUUGACUGUCCACAUUCAAACUCAGUCUUGGACCAAAAAGAUUAUAUUUAUCCAAAAAUAGCAUUUAUGACAUAUAUCUUAAACAUUCCGAGAAUUUGGCCAUAAGGGGGUGAUACUCAUUUGAUUUGUGAAAGGCUGAUAUACAUAUAUAACCUAUUUACUCUGUAUUUCUUUCAGAAACAUGUUGCAUGUUGUUGACAAACUCGAAUGUUGCACUCAGUUGAGUGUCAAAGGGUGCAAAUUAAUCAGUGUUGAUUAUCUUCAACCUUGUGUGUACUUUUUUUUAACUUAACCGUGUCCUUAUUUCAGAGUGUUCUUGUUUUAAAUGUGAAGAGUCAUAACCUUUGUUUUGCACUGACUGUUGCCAUCACCUCUAGCCUACAGUUAUUUGGCUUUACGCCUUUGUGUUUUGAAUUAAGAGCUGCUCGGCAAUAAACACCGUUUCCUCUA